AUGCAGAGCGUUCAGGCCACACCCGAUGCGAAACAAGACGCGGUCCAUUACUCGAUCGACCAGCACGAGUACGGUGGUGCUGCCUGCCUCCGUGACAUCUACACGAACAAGGGUACUGGCUUCACCAAGGAGGAGCGCCAGCGAAUGGGCCUCCGUGGCCUUCUGCCCCCGUCGGUGCAGACGAUGGAGCAGCAGCUGAAGCGUGUCGAGCACCAGAUCUCGACCAAGUCGACUAGCUUCCAGAAGCAUAUUGCCCUCGCCAACUUGCGCCAGCGCAACGAGCGCCUUUUCUACGCGUACAUCCUCAAGAACAUGCGCUCGACGCUGCCGCUGGUCUACACUCCGGUCGUCGGCGAGGCCUGCCAGAAGUUUUCGCACAUGUUCCGUCGUCCCGAGGGCCUGACGCUCACCAUCGAUGACAAGGGCUCGGUCGCCGAGUGCGUCUCCAACUGGCCGCGCCCGCAAGACGUGCCGCGCAUUGCGGUGAUCACUGACGGAUCGCGCAUCCUCGGUCUCGGUGACCUUGGCUGGAACGGCCUGGGUAUCUCGAUCGGCAAGCUCUCUCUGUACGUGGCGGGUGCGGGUGUGCACCCCCAGUCCACGAUGCCGAUCGUGAUCGACGUGGGUACCGACAACGAAGAGCACCGCGAGGACCCCCUGUACCUUGGCCUGCGCCGCAAGCGUCCCAGCACUGAGGAGCUGGCCGAGUUUGUGGACGAGGUCAUGUAUGAGCUGCACAAGAAGUACCCCAACCUCAUCAUCCAGUUUGAAGACUGGAGCAGUGAGCACGCUUUCCUUUUCCUUGAUCGGUACAAGAACAAGUACCCGAUGUUCAACGACGAUAUUCAGGGUACUGGUGCCGUGAUUCUCGGUGGCUUUAUCAACGCCGCACGCAUGGGCUCCGCUGCUUCGGGCAAGGACCUGAUCGACCAGCGCAUUCUGAUGGUCGGUGCCGGCUCGGCCGCGAUCGGUGUUGCGAAGCAGCUCAUGUCCUUCUUCCAGAUCCACGGCAUGUCGGAGGAGGAGGCGCGCAGCCGCGUCUGGACCACCGACUCCAAGGGUCUCAUUACCAAGAACCGUGGUGACAAGCUCGCGUCGCACAAGGAGUACUUUGCGCGCGAGGACAACGACGACAAGCAGUUCAAGGAACUCGAGGACAUUGUUGACUACGUCAAGCCGACCGUCAUCUUUGGUCUCUCGACCGUCCCCGGCACCUUCAGCGAGGGCGUGCUGAAGAAGAUGGCGCAAUACAACGAGCGCCCGAUCGUCUUCCCGCUCAGCAACCCCACGGCCAAGUCGGAGUGCACCUUUGAGGAGGCACUGCGCUUCACGGAUGGCAAGGCGAUCUUUGCCGCUGGCUCGCCCUUCGACAAUGUCGACUUCAAGGGCAAGACCCGCUUCGCGGACCAGGGCAACAACUUUUACAUUUUCCCGGGUCUGGGCCUUGCGGGUGCCCUGUCCAAGGCGCGCCACAUCACGGACGACGUCAUUACCGCGUCCGCUUUGGCCCUCGCCGACUCAAUGACCGAGGAGGAGAAGAAAGAGGGCCGCAUCUACCCCAAGCUCGAGCGCGUCCGCGAGAUUUCCAACCAGAUUGCACAGCGCUGCAUCAAGCUCAUCAACAAGCAGGGCCUUGCCGGUGACGACGGCUUCACCGCCAAGCUCUCCGACAAGGAACUCCACGACUGGAUCAACAGCCAGAUGUGGGUUCCGACCUACAAGGAGUAA